UUUACCCUCCGCCUACAUUUUUUCUUAGGGUUUCAAGCCAAACUACAUACUACUAGUUUUAUCUCCUCCACAGGCAGCCGGCGGCCAACCACCACACCUCCGUCAUCAUGGGGCGUAUGCACAGCAAAGGAAAGGGUAUCUCAGCAUCCGCUAAGCCAUACAAGAGGACUCCACCAAGCUGGCUUAAGAUCUCUGCUCAGGAUGUUCAGGACAGUAUCUGUAAGUUUGCCAAGAAGGGUCUUACACCAUCUCAGAUUGGUGUUAUCCUUCGUGAUUCUCACGGUAUUGCUCAGGUUAACAGUGUGACUGGUAGCAAGAUUCUCAGAAUUCUCAAGGCUCAUGGACUUGCUCCUGAAAUCCCAGAGGAUUUGUACCACCUUAUUAAGAAGGCUGUUGCUAUCCGAAAGCAUUUGGAAAGAAACAGGAAAGAUAAGGAUUCAAAGUUCAGGUUGAUUCUUGUGGAGAGCAGGAUUCACCGACUUGCCCGUUACUACAAGAAAACCAAGAAGCUUCCACCUGUCUGGAAAUACGAAUCAACCACAGCUAGCACUCUCGUGGCCUAGAGAACUGUUAUGUGGAAGCUGGAUUCUAAUUUUGGUUUAAAGUUGUCGUUUUUUAGUUGAAUCUAUGGUCUUUGUUUCUUAAAAAACAAGGGUGUUUGGAGAAUGAAAAGAUAUUGUGUUGUUUGAAGUGAAGAACCUGUUAAGAAUGUAGUAUUAAUCUAUGCACUUCUCAUA